CUAACCUGGUUUGACUACUGACUGUAAACUGCGUCAGACAUGGCGGCGACCUGUCCUCAGAGGUGAAGGCACACACUUGUAGUCACAAAUAUCAUCAUUUUAUAGACGCAACAGCAGCAGCGGCGGAGAACAUGAAGCUGAAAGACUUAGCGAAGUGGAAUAAAAGAGUGUCCGCGGCGUAUGCCAUUGGUAUCUGGAGCAUGGUCGUUUCAUACGGUUAUUUCAAAUACACGGGUCGAUAUGAGGGCAUGUCCGUGAGAAACGAAGAGGAGACUCAAGAGCCCGAAGAUCCAAAUAAAUUCGUCCACCAGACGGCUCACAGCAAAACUGUCAUGGUCUACAAGAAGGACUUUGUUCCAUACAGCACACAGAUCCAAAACUUCAUCAGCACGUUAUUCAGCAGUGGACCUGGGAGUGGAGACGUGGGAAAGUAACUGCAUCAGUGCAAAAAACAGACUGGAACUGGAUAUUUUUUCAUGCCAAGAGAAAAUCUGUUCUUUUGUGUGAGAUUGUUAUUAUAAUGUGUAAAUUUGGAGUGUGUAUAACCUGCCAUUGUGUUUGAAUAUUAAAAAUUUAUCACAGGUUA